CCGACCGAUCGACCGUAGCUCCAAUUGUACGGUUUUAAUGACUUGUUUUGAGUUAAGCUAUGGUAAUUUAAACGGGAUAUGGAUAAGAACACCUAAGAAGGGAAGAUGGAUUCUUCCAUUGACAGCAGUGCUGACAUGAACUUCUCUGAUAUUGAUGACUGUUUGGACCUGACUGACACCACCCUUGAAUGUGACCGCAGUGUCGUGCAGACCAAUAAUGAUGCCACUGGUUCAGACGAUGAAGUAAUUGGGGUGCAGAUGAAGCAGGAAACAAGUACUGGUAAAAGAGACGAUGGUCCCAGUUGCGUGUCUGGUACUGUUGUUGAUAUCAGUGCUGAUGAUGAGAAGAACAACAUGCUGCAUGAUAUUAGGAACUUUGAAGUUGAUAAUGAUAUGCUUGAUCCUGAUGUUAUUGUUAUUAGGGAUGAACCCCCGGAUGAUGCUGCAGCAGAGAACUCAGUUGAACUGUUGGAAGAUUAUGAGGAAGAGGCGGAUGAAGAGGUGGGCCUGACUUUGUUAUCUGGCCGCAGUAAAAAAGGCAAGGCCCUAAUGCGAGGGAAGACAAAGGUCAAGGCAACAGAUAAGCAAAGUGGCUGUAUAUCAACUCUUGAGCAACCCCAUGUCGUGCGAGGGAAGGCCCCUGAAUUGCUAAAAAAAGUAAUCCCUCCACCAGAGAUGGAGUGUGGUGGUUGCUCAAUGAUGAUUAAUCACUUCCGACUUGUGGAGUGCUGUGAGGGGCAUCUGGUCUGCAAUGAUUGUGUAAAGAGGACUACCAAGGAUGUUCUCAUGGGGAAAAUGCAAGGUUCCGUCAGCUGCCCCAAACCUGACUGCUCUAGCUCUGUGCCUAUGAGUGAGCUGCGGAAGGUUCAUGAGAGCCUCAUUAUAGAACUGCUGGAGGACAAAUGGCAGAAGGACACCUUGGAUGCACUGGAAAAAAUGUCUGAUGUUAUCAAGUGUCCUGGGUGUGGCUUGUCCCAGGUGCUCGAUGUUGAGGUGAAACAGUACAAAUGUGCUGGCUGCUCAAAGUCUUACUGUCGGCACUGUAACAGGGAGUGGGGAGACCGGAGCCAUGACCUAUGUAUCAGCACCAAGAAAUGGGAGUCUAGUUUCUCUGGCAAGGUUAUCAACAUUCCGGCGUACUGGUGUGAUCCGCCACUUAACCAGAGUUAUAGUUUGAUAGUGUUGCCUGUUGAAGCUGUAGAAUUUACGAGCAUAAGUCAGCUGAUGUACAAGAAUAUGCAUUGUAAUGUGGUCCGUAUUUACCGUGUGCAGAACCACAAAAUGUGGGAGAAAUAUUCAGUAACAAGGAGUCACAUGAUUGAGGAUCUGGGAGAGAGAACAACCAAUGAGACCCGACUUUACCACGGUACAGACAUUCAAACCAUAGGGGCUAUAUGUGAGGAGGGAUUUGACCUACGAAUGUCUGGCAAGAACGCCUGUUUGUUUGGGGAUGGCGUAUACUUUGCAAACUCUGCAGCCUUUUCUCACAAGUAUGCUGCUAUGGGAAGGUCCCGUAGUAAAAGUCAAGCGAUAGGAUCAGCAGCAGGUAUAGCAAUGUUGCAAGCCAUGUUUGGAGGAUAUACUGGUGCCAGUGGCGGAAGCUUUGGACCGCCACCUACCAGCUCACAGUCAGCUUCACAUACAGGGUUCCAGUCUAUAGCUCACACCAGUCCAGGCAUCCAUCUGUCUUCUACAGUUAAACCAGUUAACCCAGUGCCAACAACACAGAUUACUUUCACUCAAGCCUACCCUUUAGGGAUCCCAUUUUCCACUACAGGCGCACACUCAUUAAGUGCAUUCAACCCUCAAGUGAGCCACCCCACUUCUGCAGUGACUCCUUCCUCUAAGGCAACAGGAUUUGCUUUACAAAUCACUACUGCAAGGUCAACAUUGUCAAAUCCUGCACCUAUUUCUUCGUUUCCAAGAAAUGCAUCUUCAGCAUCUUCAGUGCCUAAUGUUAAUCCAUUUACUGCUGUACGUUCAGGCUCAAUUUCUUCUACUGAUGCCCCUGGGUUUUUAAGAAGUUCUGGAAUUGACUCUGUAUCUACAACCUCUGUAGCUUCUGCUUUAAAUGCUUCCACAUUUUUCUCAGGGAGAUUAAGUGCUGUAACAAGCUCGGUUAAGAAACCAGGUGCAUUAUUCUCAUCAUCAAGCCUGUCCUCUUCAAGUUCUGCAGCCUCUUGUCGUGUGUGCUAUUCAUAUGAAAAGGGCAUAUCAUCUAUAAGAUGUCCAUUUCACCAGCCUACAAACCCCAGUUCACCGACAAAGUCAGCCCAGUCUGGAAGCUCUUUCUCGCAUCAACAUAACCACCCAACCCUGUCACCAAAAAUGGCUUCAAAAUUUGGUCCUGGAUCAACAAGGGAUGCGUUCCAAGAUUUAAGACAUAAAAAUAUGGACAGGAUUUUGAAGGACAUGGCUAAUGAGGCAGCCAGCUUAUCUUCUGGAUCAGUGGGCAUUUCAUCUGUAAGUUUGAAAGCUACAAGUGUGGAUACAAAACCAACAAUGUUAAGCGCUUCAGGGGCAGCUGGUUCCAAUUCCACCUCAAAAACUAAGGAAUCAAAGUGGAGGAUAAAGGAAGGUAUUGUGUAUAAAUGCAAUAACGGCACAUAUUCUUUUCUCCCAAGUUUGGGGUUCGACUUCAAGCACAUUGAUUUAAAUGUAAAAUGCAGUUGCCACUUUGUGGCUAAAUACGUUUGUGACAAACUGGCUGGUAGCAUUGGCUGGAGCAGACUCAAACCUAGCAGCAGUUCACACCUGUACAAAAAACAUCCAACUCCAUCUGGAACAGGUGAUUUACAGCCAAAUUCAGCAUUAACUAUGAAUGCAAGUUCUUCAGUUACAAGAACCACAACAACUGAUGCCUCCAAUUCUUCCAAAACCAAAACGGACUCACAUUUAGGACACACACCAGUUCCAGAUUAUGCUUCUGUGCGCCAGAUUGAAAAUUCAAGUCAUGGAGGUCAAUUCAUUUUAGAGGAUGCUGUUGUGUUCAAGAUGUUUAACGGUUCUUACAAAUUUAUUCCUGGCUUUAAUUUUGACUUCCGGAAAAACAAUAUGAACAACAAAUGUGAUUGCCAUGAUUUGCCACUGUAUGUGUGUGAUAGAUUAGUGGGUAGACCAGGUUGGAAUAGGAAUAUGCUAAGUGCCAAUUCUGCCAUGUAUUACAGAGAAGCAGACCAAACAUCUCAACAGUCAGCAGCAGCAUCUGGCAUCUCUACCACAUCGGAUUCAACGAACACCAGGACAUUGAGAGUUGAUUUCAAGCCAGGAUUUGUUGAUAGGUAUGUGGACGGAUCUUUUAGGUUUACACCAAAUAUGGGAUAUGACUUCAGACAUGUAAACUUGAAUGUCAAGUGUGAUUGUCACUCGCUGCCUUUGUAUAUCUGUGAUGGACUGGUUGGUUUUCCGGGAUGGAGUAAAAAGAACAGGAGUGGCAAAGCUGACAGUUAUAUGAUAAAGCCUGGCACACCUGGGCAUAGCAAUUUCUUCGCUGGGACUUCAUUAGAAGAUAUAUUUAAACUUAAUUUCCCAUCGUUUCCUGCAGCAUUUGCUGGUAGCAAAGUUGCUCCAGGGAAAACCGAGAAACAAAGCUCAGUCAGUAAGCGAAAGUCAGCGCCUGAUUUAAUGAAUCCCAAUACAUAUGCAACUUCAUCAAGCUUGCCUACAAAUUCCCAAGAAGUAUUGGACUCCUCAAAGACCCGCCAGAAACUUCCAGUAGCCGCAUCUUCUCAGUCCACGCCUGAAGUCACCUGCCUUUCUUCAAGAAAACGAUCUUCAUCAGCAUCAAAUGUGAACUUGACUCGGUCAUCAGGCACAGAGAUACUAUCUUCUUCAAUUGAGGAAGCUGCAUCAAUUCUUACCUCAGCUACAGAUCCGAAUGGUUUAAGAGCAACUGAUGCGAAAAAGAGAAAAGUUCAGAGUCUCUGUAGCUGCCAUCGAAUACCUGUUUCAAUGUGUAAACAAACAAAAAAUCUUGCAAUUAGACACCUUAAUAGAAUGCAAAAGCUGGCACAAAAACAAGCAAAAUAUAAAUCCUCCGCUAUAGAUCCGAAUUGUUUAAGUGCAACUGAUGCGAAAAACAGAACAGUUCACAGUCUCUGUAGCUGCCAUCGAAUACCUGUGUCAAUCUGUAAACAAAAUAAAGUUAUUGUAACUGGAGACAAGAUUCAAAAGCUGGCACAAAUACAAGUAAAACCAAUGUCAAAAGUACAUAUGACAGGAGACCGAACCAAGGGAAUGGACUACCAACAUGGAAACAAUACAGAGCAGGGUGCCAUAGGAGUAGGUAGUGGUAUUCAAAGCAAUAACAGAACACAUCUAUCUCCCGCACAAAGCCAUAACAAACCCGCAAGCCAAAAUGCUCACACACCAACAGUGAAAAUCUUGACUUCUAUGUCCACCACCUUGCCCUCCUCAGCGACUUCUUCAAAGAAGACAAAUGCCACCGAUUCUAAGUAUAAUCUUCAUAAAUGUGAAAAAAAGUUUAAAGAUGAACAUGAAGCAAUGGAGGUAGAUUAUUCUGAAGUCUCAGCAGCAGGAACCAGUACCCUGUUUAAUGAAAAGGCUGCACAUGAUUCCGGUGACUAUUUCAUGUUUGUUGCGCGAGUUUUGAUAGGUAGAACAAGCAAGGGGAAGCAAGGCUUGAGACGGCCGGAGAAGAAUGGGCAAGGGGAGUUAACUCAUACUGCUGUUAAUGACAUCAAACAGCCGAAUAUCUUUGUUGUUUUUGACAACACUCAGUGCUACCCGGAAUAUUUGAUUCAAUAUUCAGCUAAUGCUGAUCGUAAGAAAACAUCCAAGACCUAAUGCAGUGGACAUUUAUGGAAUGGGUAUGAAAUGAAGAAAUUUCAAUUAGCAUGUACUCUAGGGCUUGUUAUUUUCGAUUGUUAAAUCCUGUAUAACCAUACUGUGUUUUCCGUGAAAUAUAUUAUAAUAAUUAUA